GGCGGCUGUCUAUCGGUCAGCGGUUUGUUCAGCGAUCACAUCCCACAUCGACCGACCAUGUUGGGUGCCGUAACACGUUCGAGCGCCAGCCUCUUGGCUGGCAAAUCUUUGGAGAAGUUGGGCGCGGAAGCGCUUAAAGUAUUUGGAGUGCAAACUGCCAACCAAAACAAGAGUUAUGCUAAAGCUGCGGCCGCCUCCGGCGUUGCCAAGGGCAAGAUCGUCGCCGUUAUCGGUGCCGUCGUCGACGUACAGUUCGAAGACAACCUGCCACCCAUCCUCAAUGCUCUGGAAGUACAGAACCGCGAAGCCCGCUUGGUGCUCGAGGUUGCCCAGCACUUGGGUGAGAACACCGUACGUACCAUUGCCAUGGACGGUACUGAAGGUCUGGUCCGUGGCCAGAACGUGCUCGACACCGGUUACCCCAUCCGUAUCCCUGUCGGCGUUGAGACCCUGGGCCGCAUCAUGAACGUCAUCGGUGAGCCCAUCGAUGAGAGGGGCCCCAUCACCACUGAGAGACUGGCUGCCAUUCACGCUGAAGCACCCGAGUUCGUCGACAUGAGCGUCGAGCAGGAAAUCUUGGUCACUGGCAUUAAGGUCGUAGACUUGUUGGCUCCCUAUGCGAAGGGUGGUAAGAUUGGUCUUUUCGGCGGUGCUGGUGUCGGCAAGACUGUAUUGAUCAUGGAGCUUAUCAACAACGUCGCCAAGGCUCAUGGUGGUUACUCCGUGUUCGCUGGUGUGGGUGAGCGUACCCGUGAGGGUAACGAUUUGUACCAGGAAAUGAUUGAGUCCGGUGUCAUCUCCCUCAAGGAGAAGACUUCCAAAGUAGCGCUUGUCUACGGACAGAUGAACGAACCUCCAGGCGCUCGUGCCCGUGUCGCUUUGACUGGUCUCACUGUCGCUGAGCAUUUCCGUGAUCAGGAAGGUCAGGAUGUGCUGCUUUUCAUUGACAACAUUUUCCGUUUCACUCAGGCCGGUUCCGAGGUAUCUGCCUUGUUGGGUCGUAUCCCCUCCGCUGUAGGUUACCAGCCCACUUUGGCCACUGACAUGGGUAGCAUGCAGGAGCGUAUUACCACCACCAAGAAGGGUUCCAUCACUUCCGUGCAGGCUAUUUACGUACCCGCUGACGAUUUGACUGAUCCCGCCCCUGCUACCACAUUCGCUCACUUGGACGCCACCACUGUGUUGUCGCGUGCCAUCGCUGAGUUGGGUAUUUACCCCGCCGUGGAUCCCCUUGAUUCUACCUCCCGUAUCAUGGACCCCAACAUCAUCGGCGCCGAGCACUACAACAUUGCUCGUGGCGUGCAGAAGAUCCUCCAGGAUUACAAAUCCCUGCAGGAUAUCAUUGCCAUCUUGGGUAUGGAUGAAUUGUCUGAAGACGACAAAUUGACCGUCGCUCGCGCGCGUAAGAUCCAGCGUUUCCUUAGCCAGCCCUUCCAGGUCGCUGAGGUCUUCACCGGUCACGCCGGCAAGUUGGUACCUCUUGAAGAGACCAUCAAGGGUUUCCAAAAGAUCUUGGGAGGUGAUUACGAUCACUUGCCCGAGGUAGCUUUCUACAUGGUGGGCCCCAUUGAGGAGGUCGUCCAGAAGGCCGAGACCCUCGCGAAAUCGACUUAAGUGUGCGCUUAAGCCUAAAUCGAGUCAUUAAUUCCCCGUAAAACAAUUUAGUAGGCUGUCAAAGAAGAACUCAUCCCAACAACAGUACAUUCUCUUAAACAAACCGAAAAAAAAAACUAUUAUGUAACUAUGGUGCAAAUGAGAGCAACAUUCGUUUUUUAAUUAUAGCUGAUAGAAGAAUUGCGAACACGCCCGAACACCAUAGAAUCGAUUGUGUCGAGUUGCAUCGUCGAAAUUGUAACAUCUAAAACACCCAAUGGAAUCACCGAAGAAUUUUUUAUUAUGACAUUGAUGAUAACUUGUGCUUGUAAAAUUGUAUGGUGUUUGAGAAUAACAAUCUUUUGUUGUA